AUGAGUUUCACGAAUGUGCUGCGUGUCCUAGCUGGCUCUGUUGGGGUCAGUAUAGCCACACUUGCAGGGCUGCUUUACCUGUACCAAACGGCGCUCAUUUACCCGUCGUCUUUCCCAGAGGGCUCCCGGACGAUUGUCGACUCGCCCGAGGCGUACCAUUUGCCGUAUACAGAGCACCGACUCGUCACGCCCGACAAGAUCCGCCUGCAUGUGUAUGCCAUCACACACAAUGACGAAAAGCCCCGCGCGACUAUCCUCAUGCUCCAUGCGAAUGCAGGCAACAUGGGCCACCGACUGCCGAUCGCUCGCGUGCUCUACCGUCGCCUCGGGGUUCAUGUCGUGAUGCUGUCGUACCGUGGGUAUGGCCUAUCCACUGGCAACCCAUCCGAGCUGGGCAUCCGUGUCGAUGCGCAGACAGCGCUUGACUGGAUUCGCGAGCACCCGGUGCUCGCGGGCACCAAGGUGAUUGUGUAUGGCCAAUCGAUUGGGGGUGCCGUAUCGAUCGAUCUAGCCGCGCGCAACCCUCACACCGUGCGCGGCGUCGUGGUCGAAAACACGUUUCUGAGCAUUCCGAAGUUGAUCCCCUCGGUUGUGCCUUUUCUGCGCUACUUUGCGUUCCUAUGCCGCGAGAUUUGGCCAUCCGAGGCCUCGAUUACCCAGCUUCGCCCCCAAACGCCCGUGCUCUUUCUGAGCGGCCAGGCUGACGAGCUUGUGCCGCCGUCGCACAUGCAGGAACUGUACCGCCUGUGUCCCAGCACCGCGAAGGAGAUUCACCUGUUUCCACAGGGCACUCACAGUACGUCACUGACACUCACACAGACGACACAUGGCUCCAGGUAG